UUCAUUCAUUUAAUCAUCAUCAUCAUCAUCAGUUUGUGAUUCGGGAAUGAUGGAUUGGAAUUUUACAUCUAUAAUACAAGAUUAUGUUGAUGUUCAUCUUAUUCGUUGGCUAAUAUGGUUAUUUACACCAUUGUUGAUUACAUUUUUAUUUCCCUUAUUUAUAAUAUUAUUAUUCUACAUAUCAGCAUUAAUUGUUUAUAUUUAUCGUCAUCGUAAUCAAUUAGCAUUAGAUCAAUUAUUGGAUGAUCUGGAACAUCGUAGAUAUUGGGAUGGUGCUAUGCAUGCAAUUGCAAUAAUGUGGGAUGCACAUGGUCAUAUUUAUUAUGGUUAUGAAAUUGAAGGUUUUGAUAAUAUACCCGAUAAUGGUCCGGCAUUAAUUGUUUAUUAUCAUGGUGCCCUACCAAUUGAUUAUUAUUAUCUUAUAUCAAAAUGUUAUCUACAUAAAAAACGUCUGUUACAUUCGGUUGUUGAUCGUUUUUUUAUCCAUAUACCAGGAUGGUCUUUGCUGGUACGAGUAUUGAAAUUAUUUCCCGGUUCAGUUAGUAGUUGUGUUAAAGUAUUAAAUGAAGGUAAUCUUUUGGCUAUUUCACCUGGUGGUGUACGUGAAGCUCAAUUUGGUAAUCAUAAUUAUAAUCUGAUUUGGAGUGGACGUAUUGGUUUUGCUAAAGUUGCCAAACAGGCAAACGUUCCAAUUAUACCUGUAUUUACUGUAAAUAUUCGUGAAGCAUUUCGUACUGUACAAAUAUUUCCAAAUUUAUUUCGAAAAAUUUAUGAUUCAUAUAAGCUACCAUUAAUGUUAAUUUAUGGUGGUUUUCCGGUUAAAUUAAAAACAAUUGUUGGUGAACCAAUUUAUUUUGAACCAGAUUCAACUGUUGAAGAAAUUGCUGAAAUGACUGCCAACAAACUUGAAGAAAUAAUCAAAACGAAUCAAAUAAUACCUGGAUCUAUUCUUCGUGCUAUGUUACAAAGAUUUCUUUAGUGAAUUCUUCAUUUAUGCAGCUUUUACAAAUAUUUUCGGGCAGCUAUUUUCCCAAAAAAAAAAAUGUUUGACGUCCAUUCUGCUGCUGCUGCCAUACAAACA